AUGGCCUUCAUUUCACUAACCAGCACCGUCUUGCUCUCUGUGGCAUUUGCCUGGGCUACUUACUCUGCCGUUUGCCUACUGAUUAACUACCGUUCUGCUCGCAAGCUCGGCCUCCCCAUCAGGGUUCUCCCGAUCAGUCAUGGCAAUCCCUUUUGGAUGAUUGUUGACCGCAAAGUCACUUCACUAUUCAGACGCGUCCCUUUCGUCGGCGACAACAACUUCACCAGAUACAACUGGAGGGGUUGGGAGGUUCAAGACAAGUGUCGGUCGCAUCUUGAGAUGGGGGAUGCGUAUGUGCAAGUGACACCAGGCAGGAACUGGCUUUAUCUCUGCAGCUCUGACAGUCUGCUUGAGGUUUUCCGACGGCGGUCCGAUUUUACACGGCCGUUAGAGCUAUAUGAGCUACUCGGUAUAUUUGGUUCGAACCUUGCGACCGUCGAUGGCGAAAAGUGGAAGAAGCAGCGAAAGAUCACAGCGUCAUGUUUCAAUGAGUCCACUAGCGAGGUUGUCUGGACUGAAAGUAUUACCCUUGCCACCGACAUGUUGAAGUUCUGGUCUAGCAAGGAAGCUAUAAGCUCAACCGCUGAUGAUGUUCGCACUCUCUCCCUGCACGUCCUUUCCAAGGCCGGGUUCGGAAAGUCAUUCAAGUUUCAGAGUCAAGAUGAUCAAAGUGUUAACGCCAACCCGGCCCUCAACUACAAAGAGUCUCUGAAGAUGGUCUUGGACAAUUGUGUCCUGAUCAUGGCUUUAGGUACUAAGUUUCUUUCUCGGCCUUGGCUUCCGGCUAAGCUACGAAAUGUCCACCAAGCAUGCGUCGCCUUUCAGCGGCAUAUGACAAGCGUCUACGAAGAGGAAAAGCGUGCACAUGCUGAAGGAGUAUCUUCAGAUCGCAAUCUUCUCUCGUCGCUUAUUCGGGCCUCAAAUGAAGAAGCAAGGUCUUCAAGCGCAGGUCCCGGUUCCUCAGGAGGGCUCACCGAGUCCGAGAUUUACGGCAACAUGUUCGUUUUCAACUUUGCUGGACAUGACACGACAGCACACACGCUCAUGUUCGCCAUCGCUUUUCUUGCAGCGAACCCAGAGGUCCAAACUUGGCUUUCAGAAGAGCUGCGUGCUGUGUUCGCAGAUCGCACGGCAGAUGAAUGGGAUUAUCAUCACGACUUUCCGAGGCUCGCGCGUUGCCAUGCCGUCCUUCUGGAAACUGUGAGAUUAUAUACCCCGGUGCCGGUAGCUAAGUGGACUGAGACCUCGACUCAGGCACUACAAGUGGGCAAAAAAUCCGUCAUCAUACCCCCAGACACAAUGGUGAUCCCAAGUUACGCUGCACUCCACACGCAUCCCAGAUAUUGGGGCCCAGAUUCCCUAGAGUGGCGGCCGGCUAGAUGGAUUACCAAGGGGACAAAUGGCGAGGAAGAGUUGAAGUCCCCUCCCCGCGGAACAUUCAUAGCCUGGUCUGAAGGGGAUCGAUCAUGCCCAGGAAAGAAAUUCUCGCAGGUUGAGUUCGUCGCGACGAUGGCCGUUCUCUUCAAAGACUGGCGGGUGUCUCCGCAGCUCUUCGGGACAGAACGAGACAUGGACGCUCAGAAACGCUUACUUCGACUCAUCGAAACAGACUCUGCGCAGGUGUUGCUACUUCAAAUGCUUCAUCCUGAGCGAGCACCACUGUGUUGGUCCAAGAUAUAG